AUGAGCACCACCGACUCGGACGACUGGGAAUACGAGUACUCGACAGACGAAACAGAAACCUUCUACAUCCCCAUCGACCUCUCCAACGUGCCCAAAGCCCAAGUACCAUUCAACCUCGACCGCCGACCAGGCCACCCCACAAUCCUAAAGAGCAGACUGCGCGCCCUCAACGCCACGCGCGGGCAGCCCAUCAACCAAUCCCUCGACGCCUCGGACACAGCGACUACAACGCUGGGCGAAGUGCAGGUCGUGGGCCUGCACACGGCGAACCCGCUGGUUAUGUAUAAUGGCCAGUUGCUGAGCUGCCGGUGGACGGCUACCGUGGGGACGGAUAUGUUCUUUGUGAAGCCCGAGGGGGAUGCGGAGGGUGUGGAGCCGGCGUUGCGGUCGCUCCCCGCUGUUGAUUUGCUGGCGCUGGGCUCGGCGAAAUUGGUUGCGAAGGUUGCGAGACUGCAGCCUCGCGAUGAGCUGUUCGAUGAUGCUGCGGAUUCGCGUCCGGAGCCUGGUGUUGAUGCGGAGAUGGAAGGCACGGCGCCUUCGACUUCUGCUCCUAGCGUACAACCUCCCCCAGCGAGUUUCCUAGCGCGAUUAAACCAAGCGAAGAUCAAGAGGGGCGAAACGGCGCUUCUGGCUAUCACCCAAGCUUCCGAUGGCAGCUUGCAUUUAGUCGUCUCGAGCGCCGACGCAGAAGUACCUACUGGGGACGAAACCUCAACCUCAACGCCAGCGGCGGGCGACGUUGUCAUGGGUGGGACGACGUGA